GUUACCGUAAUCCUUGUUCCACAACGCCGAGUCUGGCUCCAAUGCGUGUUAUACACGCUGCCCGACUCCUCUGCUUUGAAUCGUUUGCGCUGUGGACGCCGAGCUCAUUGAGCACCAGGUUGGAGAUAUGGUGUCGAGCCUGUCCUUUCCUUCCAUUGCAUGAUAUGAGAAUGUCAUGUACGUUCUUUUUACUCCACAAUAACUUACACGAAGGCUAUGCUUGUUUGGCGAGUCUGCACGGUUUUGAAAACGACGGACCACUUUUUCACAACUCGACACCUUAACUGAUAAUCUGAUUUUUUUCAUUGUAUACCCA